CAAAGAUUGCUUAGAAUUUGUGGAUAAAGUCAAUGAUACUGCUGGUAAUAUAUAUGCCUAUGACAUCUAUGCUCCCUUGUGCAAUUCCUCUUCAACUCCCAAUUCCGUGUCAGCUUUCGAUCCCUGCUAGGAAAAUUAUGUCCAUUCCUACUUAAACAAUCCAGAAGUUCAGCAAGCACUUCAUGCAAACGUUACUGCUCUUCCUUAACCAUGGAAAUCCUGCAGUGGAGAAGUAAAUCGAAACUGGAAAGAUAGAUCAUUAACAGUGUUGCCAAUCAUUAAGGAAGUAAUGGAAAGCGGAGUUCAGGUUUGGAUCUACAGUGGUGACACAGAUGGUGCCUUGCCUGUGACAUGUAGCAGAUAUGCCAUAAACAAACUGGGGAUGCCUAUUAAGACAGCCUGGUAUCCAUGGUACAUUCAUGGGGAGGUUGGAGGGUAUGCUGUUGGAUAUCAGAACUUAACAUUUGUAACAGUAAGAGGAGCUGGACAUUUUGUACCUAGUUACCAGCCAGCUCGGGCCCUGGUGCUCUUCUCCUCCUUAGAAGAAAAGCUUCCGCCCUCUGCACGCAGGUUCAACCAUUGAGAAAAUGUAAAAUGUAGUAGUAUUUUGCUAAUUGAUAUAUCAUGUU